AUGGCACUGUCAAUAACUCCAAUUUCAGCUAUACAACCAAUGCAAAAUGGAAUAACCAUACAGGUUCGAGUCUCUCGGAUGUGGAGGGGGAAGAUAUUCAGCCCUGUUGAACGGUUUGAUGGCUUGCAAUGUGUAUUGGUUGACAAACAUAAUGAUGCGAUUCAUGCAUUGAUAAAAGAAGCAGACUAUGAAGAUGUGAAGGAGAAAAUCUUGGCCGGCAAUGUCUACCAGAUUUCAAAGUUCUUCUCCAGGGAAAACCAAGACAAAUACAUUGUUAUUCAGCAUGAAGCGCAACUUUUAUUCAACAACAGAACUCAGUUCCUUCCUAUGCCUCAGUUGCUUCCAUCGAUUCCUCAGUAUUGGUUUGACUUUGUCGAUUUCGAUGACGUUCCUAUGCGUAAGAAUAAUGAUACAAUUCUGACAGAUUUGAUUGGUCGCUUGAAGCUGGUGUAUGGCUCAGAGAACACGGUGAUUGAUGGUAGGCCUGCAGUGAAGCGUCUCAUAUACAUCCAAAAUACAAGGAAGCAAGAUUUGAAGGUUACUUUGUGGGGAACACUUGCAUCUGAAUUUGACGCUGACAUGAUACGUGCUCUACCUCCUCCAGUUAUGAUCGUGUUGACAAGCACAAAAGUCAGAUACUUUGAUACUGCUAUUAUUAAUACUGGGAUGAGUACAUGUGUGUUUAUCAAUCCAAGCAUUCCUGAGACAGAUGAAUAUAAAGCAAGGUUCAACAAGCCUUAUCAUGCUCUGAAGAUUUUGACAGCACCAGCUAGACAUCAUCAACCUGCUCCUGAUCUCCAAGAUCAGAAUAUAAUCACUGUCAGUGCUUUGAAUCUACAAAGUGGAAAAAAGGACAAGAGUCCUACAUUUACCUGCAAAGCAAAGAUUACAGGAUUUACCAUUCGAGACGGAUGGUAUUACCUGGCUUGCCCCACCUGCAGCAAAUCUCUGAAGUUUAAUUCUGGAAAGCUUUGUUGUGGACACCAUGGAGAGCAAAUUGGCCAUCCUAUGUAA